UCCAACUCACAGGUGGACAAGGAUUGAAAAUGGCAGCGGAGGUGAGGUGGCUCUUGCUGGUUUCGGCGAUAAUUUUGGCGAUUGCUCGCGGAAACGACGGCUCUGCGCCUCACCGACGCUUCGAGUACAAGUACAGCUUCAAGCCGCCCUACUUGGCCCAAAAGGACGGCAGUGUGCCCUUCUGGCAGUACGGAGGAAACGCGAUCGCAAGUGAGGAGAACGUCCGUAUUACCCCUUCAUUGAGAAGUCAGAAAGGUGGAAUUUGGUCGAAGGAACGCACCAGUUUUGAUUGGUGGGAGGUUGAGGUCACCUUCAGGGUCACCGGCCGAGGCAGAGUUGGUGCCGAUGGAUUGGCCUUCUGGUACACUGAGAACCAAGGAGGACACGAUGGGCCCGUUUUUGGCAGUGCCGACCAGUGGAACGGCCUGGGCGUCAUUUUUGACUCGUUUGACAACGACAAUAAGCACAACAACCCCUACAUCAUGGCCAUCUUGAACGACGGCACCAAAGUCUUUGACCACCCAAAUGACGGAUCGACACAACUCCUGGCCGGCUGCCUCAGAGACUUCCGAAACAAGCCGUUCCCCACAAAGGCCAAAAUUGAGUACUACCAGAAUGUCCUGACAGUGCACUUCCACAGUGGAAUGACGAACAAUGAUGACGACUACGAAGUGUGCAUCAGAGCUGAAAAUGUGUUCCUGCCCAAGUAUGGCUACUACGGUUUGACGGCUGCCACUGGUGGACUUGCCGAUGACCACGACGCUCUGGCAUUCCUCACCACCAGUCUGCACCCCCCAGGAUUGGCGCCACCCACCAUUCCUCACCCUGUUGAUGCCGAGCAGGAGAAAUUGGCUCAUGAAUAUGAGGAGUACCAGAAGAAACUCGAUAAGCAGCGAGAAGAUUACCGCCGAGAGCACCCUGAGGAUCAUCAAGGGGAAGGAGAGGAAUAUGAAACGGAGCAGGAUAGAGAGCUUCGUCAAAUUUUCACCGGCCAAAGUCAAAUGUUUGCCGAGCUUCGAGACAUGGGCCGCAAGCUGAGUGAAAUUGUUGGUCGGCAGGAAAACACCAUCAGUUUGCUGUCUCAAGUCCACACAUCUGUUUCUGGAGGUGGAAUUCCAGUGAUUGGGUCUCCCCAUCAGCCAGGCCAAGUUCCACCCCAAGUUGCUGGCCAGCCUGUGAUGGCAAGACAUGAAGUUGAUGCUAUGCUGCAAGGCCAAAGGGAACUUGUAACCACCACAAGAGAACUGAAGACGUACUUAGUUGAAAUUCACCAACGCGCUGCUGCCAUUCAGCAAGCUCAAGAAAAGCAGGGCACUGCCCAUGUCGUCGGAGGUGCCUUCGACCAGCAGCAGUUGGCCAACGAGUUGAAGGACGGCCUCAACAGCGUCAAGAGGGACAUGGCUGCAGCCGCCCAAAGACUUUCAGCCCCACCGCCCCCCUGUCCAGCAGCCACAGGCUGUGUCUCGACAACGGUGUUUGUCGUUGUUGCUGCUGUUCAACUUUUCAUCCUGCUUGGGUACUCUUUGUACAGAGAUAGCAAAGAGUCGCAAGCAAAGAAGUUUUACUAAUUACUGAACUCAGUGAUCAAACAACCUGCCAACUCCCCAAAACUCAAACAUUCCUGCUUGCUGAACAAAACUUAUCAAUUUCGCUUCUGGCUGAAGAGAUGGCUCUAGCUGUGCGUCAUUCCGUGCUCCAAUUUGCUCCGAAUACUCUCUCGCAGGAGUUGUGCUUCUUGUUUUGUCAUCAACCAUAUCUUUUUGUUAGAUAUUUAAUUUGUUACGACGCCCAGUUCUUUUAUUUUUCUACUCCUUCGAUACGAUUUUCCACCUUUUUCGUUUAAAAUGUGAAUUUUUAUUUUCAAAACCGAAAUUCUGUUAGACCUUUAAACGACAGAGAGUUAGUCAUCAUUCAAUUUAAGUGAGCAUCAAUGCUUGCUGCCAGUUAUUCCCCACAAAUGAGGGACUUUCAAUUGUUUAUGGUGCAUUUCCGACAAAUGGGUAUAAUUAAAUUUGUGAAAAGAACAUUGUUACUGUGCGUGGGCGCCGAUUAAGCGUGGUGUAAACGAUGGUGUGUCUGUCCUAGCGCAAAAAGAAGUAUUAGGUGAAUGCUUGUGCGGUUGUUCGUAUGCAAUUAUGACGUGUGAUACAUGAGAUUUAAAUUAUGUAAGCAGUGAUUGAAUAAUGGGAUUUCACAAUAAAUGAGAAUGUUUUUCACUAAA